ACUAAAAGUGGUGAAAUCGACAUCGCAAAAGCGUGUAGACGUCAAACGCCGGAUGAAAAAGUAAAUUUCUCUGUUUUAUUGAGUAAUAUUGAGUGAAUUUUAUCAGUUUGCAAAGAAAACUAUGAGCAGAAUGUUGUGGAAGAUGGUGAAAUAGUUGAGUGUUGAGAAGAUGUGUCUGAAAUAGGAGGAAAAAGUGUUUAUCUCGCAGAAGCUGUGACGCUAUCCCUUUUUGGCGCGAACCUGGCCAAAUCCGGCAAUAUUCUUCCAGGAUUACAUUAACAACGCCGCUAAGAAUAUUCAGAGAGAUAGGUUCUCAGGGUAUUAUUCCUCAAAAUCAGGGAAAAGUUUUUAUUUUGAAUCGCAGGAACUGACGAAGAAAAACAAGAGGAAUGUUCGAUGAGGACAAGAUUCCUUCCUUCUACAUCCCGAAUUUUCGAAAGGAAUGCAUCAGGGAAUGUGUGAUAGUGCUAAAUGACGAAAAACUUCGCACGAGUCCAUUGAAAACAAUCACUCAGGAUGAAGAAGUCAUUGAGAAGCCGGCAGAAGAAAAUAGUCAAAUGGUCACUUACGAGGGCAUCCCUCCGGGUACUAUACUGUGGGCCUCAUUGUCCAAGAAAGCCACUCUCUGGCCAAGUAUUCUAAUAGAAGGUUCGAGUACUGAGAAAGCUACUCCUCAGUAUCAUGUAAAAUUUUUCAACGAUUCCGGCAGGAGUGCAUGGGUAUCAGUUCUAAAUACCCUCGAAUUCACGGGAAAGGAUGAAACUAUCCAAAGAUCUCGUCACACUCAAAAAUCCAAAUGGGAAGCAGCAAUUGCAGAAGCUGAAGAAUUUCUGCAAAUCCCUCUUGCAGAGAGAUUGCAAAUCUUUACCGACUUGGUUAAGACACAGAAAACUGCUCAGGCUGAGAGAAUUAAGAGGAAGCGGGAGGAAGUGCGAAAUAGUUCUCUGAAUAUGCCAAAAAGGUUUAAACUCGACAAUGGAAAUUUUGAUGUUCGGGAAAAAUCUACGGAGUUGUCUGAGAGUGGCAUAAGUACAUCAGGUAGUUUGAGUCCUUGUCCAACUCCUGAUUUUGCGUCUCUGGGCACAAUUACGCCCAUUCGGGUGACUCCAGAGCCUCCGGCUAAGAAAGUUCGGAAGUCAUUGGAUGUUGCUGAGUUUUUCAAGGCAGUUCAGGAUGAUAUCAAGGUAGACUUGGCUACGGCUUUGAGAAAGUACGACAGGGUUUGUCGAUUCUGUGGGAAGGGUAAUGGUUCUCUGGUGAUGUGCACUGGACGCUGCAGUGAGACCUUUCAUCGGAAUUGCAUGGGAAUUAAUGUGGAUCUGUCGAACAGGUUUUCAUUUGUUGAGGGCAAGAGGUGUGCUGAUGUUGUUGUUGAUGGGAGUUUUUGUCAGGAAUGUGCAGAAAAUACUCCCAAAAUCUGCUUUAUAUGCCAGAAGGAAAUUUUGGUGGAUAGUGUAAAGUGCAAGGAAAAGGUAUGUGCUAGGUCGUAUCAUCGGGAUUGCCUGAAGAAAUGGCCACAGUGCAAGACAACGCUUACGGUUAAGAGUGAAAAAUUCACAACAUGUCCUCAGCAUAUUUGCCAUAUUUGUUCAUCAGAUGAUCCCAGUUUGCAUACGGUUGAACGCAAGAAAUUGCUUAAGUGCAUUUUGUGUCCUAGUGCUUAUCACAGUACGCCGAGGUGUGUUCCGGCGGGCUGUGAAAUCCUCUCAUCCACCCGGUUAAUUUGUCCGAAGCAUUGGAAAUCAUCCGGGAAGCACAUCAAUGUCAAUUGGUGUUUUAUCUGUGCUGAAGGUGGAAAUCUUCUCUGUUGCGACAAUUGUCCCUCGGCAGUCCAUGAGAUCUGUGCCAAGACAUCUGCAACGUCCGAGAGUUACAUUUGCGAUGACUGUGAAUCCGGACGAACAAUGGUGUAUGGGAAUAUUGUUUGGGCAAAACAGGCAGGGUAUCGUUGGUGGCCGGCAUUUAUCGUGACGGAAAAUUGCGUUCCAGAUAGCUUACUCAAUACCAAGCACAGUCGCGGAGACAUUGGUGUCUUCUUCCUGGGAACGCACAAUUGGGCCUGGCUGCCGCGGAAAAGGAUGUUUCUCUAUCAAGAGGACGAUGCCGAGUGCAAAGCUAAGAAGAGUGACCUACAAACAUAUGCCCUAGCCCUCAAGGAAGCAGAGAAUCUUUACCGUGUUCUCAAGGAGAUAGAAGCUCAGUGCACAGAAAAAAUCAUCUCCAAAAUAGAACCUCCUUCCUACAAGAAAAUAAUCCGAAAUUUGCCAGUAGCACCAGUGACGGUGAAAGACACAAUUACAGACUAUGAUGACACAAGUUUUAGAUGUACGUGCGAUGAAUUCGACAAAUGUGGAUCGCAAUCCUCUUGCUGCAAUCGUAAUUUACAAAUUGAAUGCACAGAAACAAAUUGCAAUUUGCAAAGCUGUGAAAAUCGUAGAUUUGUCAACCGGGAGUACCCACAGACAGAAAUAGUACUUACUCCAAAUUGUGGAUUUGGUCUGGUGGCUAAGGAAGACAUCAGAGAAGGGGAUUUUGUCAUUGAGUAUGUCGGUGAGAUCCUCAAUGAAGCAGAAGUCGAAAGACGCAUAAAGUAUAAGCGUGAGGAGAGGAAUAAUGUUUACUACUUCCUAACGCUCACCAAAGAUCUCACAAUUGAUGCUGAGCACAAGGGGAACAAUGCCAGGUUCAUCAAUCACUCCUGUGAUCCCAAUUGCGUCACCCAAAAAUGGUCAGUUAACGGAUCCACUCGAGUCGGCAUUUUCGCCUUGCAGGAUAUUCCCCAAGGCACGGAACUGACAUUCGAUUAUCACUGGGAGAAACGUGAUUCUGUGGGAACGGUUUGUAGAUGUGGAGCCUUGAAAUGUUCCGGAUUGAUUGGGAGUGAGCGUCCACCAAGACCUCCUAUUCGUAAGAAAAUUGUUAAGUAUAAAUCAUCAAAAGCAGUUUAAUCGGUUUUAAAAAUCCAUAAUUCACAAUUAAGGAUUGCAUCUAGCAAAAUUUUAUUUUUAUUUUAUGCGAAGAACUUAUCUUAAGCUCCAAAGAGACUUAGGCUGAUCCUUGAGAAUAUUUCCAAGGGUCAACUUUGGGACUUUAAAGAUACACAUUCCUUUUUUUUAAAGGGCCGCCAUUAAAAUAUAAAAGAAAAAUUUUUAGUCGUGCAACUGAAAAAUGUGUUUCAGGAUGUUAUAUAUAAAUUGUGUUACUGUCUGAAGAUAAUGUGAAAAAGCCUGGAAUAGGUAAUUUAAAUACAGAAAACAAUGUGGAAAGUA